UUCAAGUAAACAUUUCCCACAAAAAUGAUAAAUAUACUCUAAAUUAGUACAUAUAAUAAUAAUAAUAAUAAUAAUAAUAAUAAUAAUAAUAAUAAUAAUACAUACAUACAUACAUACAUACAUACAUACAUACAGCAUCACACAAAUUUAUACUGUAUAGUAAGAACAUAUGAAACAUUCAAAAUGACUGUUGGCUAUUGAAAGAGAUGUAAUGAUCUAAUAAAUUGCAAGGAUGGUUGUAACAAUAACAAUGUUGGGAUAGAUUGAAAAGUUUAAAACAGUCCUACUGAAUAAUUCUGUAUACUGUAAAUACUCAGCUUCACGUUUGUUGGCAGCUGUAAAAAACAAUUUUUUAUUUAUUUGUAUUUUUUAAGUGGUUUUAUAUUUGUCUAAAAUCUAAAAAAGAAGUACAGAAAGAAUUAAAAUAAUAACAAAAGAAAUGAAUAAUAAUAAUAGUAAUAGAAAUGAAUAAUAAUAAUAAUAAUAAUAAUAAUAAUAAUAAUAAUAAUAAUAAUAAUAAUAAUCCAACAUAGACUCUUUGACUCAUAGAAAGCCCCCACCCCAUAUAAACAAACAAACAAACAAACAAACAAACAAACAAACAAAGUAAGUAAGUAAGUAAGUAAGUAAGUAAGUAAGUAAGUAAGUAAGUAAGUAAGUAAGUAAGUAAAUAAGUAAGUAAGUAAGUAAGUAAGUAAGUAAGUAAAUAAAUAAAUAAAUAAAAACAUCAAACCAAAUAAGGUUUCAGUAUGAUAUGGAACCCUUUUCUUAACACAGGAAGAAAAACAGGAAAGCCAAAGGAGUCUGUGGUUUUUGAUUCCGCUAUAAUUCACUCAUCUGUUUUCGACUCUAAGAACUUCCAUUUCCACUUCGACCUUUAAUCGUGUUUGCGAUGUGUGGCGGAUGUAACAACCCAGGAUACGGUUAUGUAUGAAAUUCCAUUGCAGAAAAAACGGGACAAUCUUCCUUUUCAGAUCUUUCCAGACCCGGUGGAGGUGGUGCUGCACCCAGAGGGAACUCUGGUAUGUGUCCCGCAGGGGAAAGAGCGUUUGCCCUCCAUCGUGGUGGAGCCAACAGACAUCAGUGAGGUGGAGAGCGGCGAGCUGCGCUGGCCUCCGGAGCAGGGAGACUCUGAUGAUGAGGAUCUGUUUUUGGAGCAGUGUAUCCCGCCAGCUAACAUUGCUGACUGGGGGGAGGAAGAUGAAGAUGAGGCCAUCAUCAUCAGCAAUCAGCCAAGCACCUCCCUGUUGGGUGUGUUUGAUAGCUUCACAUUACUACUUCAAACAUCUACAACAAAAUAUCGCCAUGCAUGGCCAAGAGCUUCAAACAGAUGAUUUCAGAGAUAACACCCCAACACUUCUUCCUGAGAAUGUUCCUGCAUUAAACUGAACAACCACAUCACACUGCAGCCCUUGCCUUGGUCACAAAAACACAUUUGGUCCAAAAAGAACUUUUUCUUAUUUUUUUUAUUUUUUUAAUUUUGGACUAAGUAAGCACCAGUAAACAAUUCUGACUUCAGUCUUAAGUAUUGCAUUCUGAACGAGGAAAUAAUGCAAGCCUUCCCUGACAUCAAUCAUGCUUCUUGUGUGUCAGAGAACCGCACAUUUUUUUUAGAACUGCACAUAUUCUGAGCAUCACAGCAACUUGCAUUUCCUGUUCCUCUUUUACUGACCUUUUCUUUUUUUUCCUAAACACGUUUCCCCGAAUGACAUACUGUAAUUCUGUGGUGUCAGAAUUCCCUGAUUGACAGAAGAUCUGUUGUGUUUUACGGAACUGACAAUGCUUAUUAGGCCCUAAUAAAGACUUUAGCUUCAUUAAAAAAUAAAAUAAAUAAUAUUUGAAUUCAAUGUAAAGACAAAUCCUAGCUAACUACCUAUGUACAGUAAGUAGCUAGGCAAAAAUAUCUGUGCCAAUAAAUUCAAUUCAGUUCAAUUUUA